CAAUUCCUCCUCAUCCAGCCACUCUCAAUUUACUCCUACCAUCUACCAGCCAAACCUCCACAAUGAGCUUCCACGAGUCCGCCGUCCACGGUUCCAUCCGCCUCGAGGGCCCCUUCCUCCACGCUCUCCUCCGCGAUGCGCACGGCCACGAGCGCCCCGCCCACAUUGACCUAAACCACUUCAUUGGCAACAUCGACGGCCACUUCCAAUGGGGCGGCCACAACUUCUUCGAGUCCGCCCGCGGGGUGCACUUCGACAUCGAGGGCGGCGCCCACGUCCCCGUCGUCCGCGGUGAGCUCCGCGACGAGCACGGCAACUGGCACGUUCGCGACAUCAACCUCGCCGAGCGCCUGUUCAACAUCGACGGUCACUUCGAGUUCCGGUAGAUCUUAGCGUUAUCAACUCGAUGAAAUCUGAAUAUUAGC